UACACACUGAGUUUCCAGCCACCAGGUCAACAGAGGAGCCAAAGCAAACAGACCUCGAGGCAGGAGUCACUUCUUUGCCCUGCUGUGGACCUCUCUCUUCUGGCCAGCUCUGGAACCUUCUUACUGAAGAUUCAUCAGGAUGAGCUUGAAGCCCCCACUCACACUCCAGGAGCUGGCGGAGAACAGCCUCCUGAGGAACAAGACCAUGGCAGUCUCUAAUCUGGACAAUAUACCCUCAGUUUUCUUCCCAUCACUGUUCAAAAAGGCCUGCAGAAAGAGAAAAGCUAGCAUUGUGAAGGCAAUGGUGCAGGCCUGGCCCUUCCCCUGCCUCCCACUGGGAGCCAUGAUCAGGAGGGAUGAUUCCUACAGGAGAGUCUUAGAGAUUAUCCUGUCUGGGCUUGAUGGCAUGCUGUGCCAGGAGGUUCCUCACAGGAGGUGCAGACUGAAAGUGCUGGAUCUGCGGAUUCUGCCUUUGAGGAUGUGGGACCAGUGGUCUGUGUUCACGGCUCCUGACUGGAGUGAGAACCAAACAGCAGUGGGUCUUUCAGAAAAGGAGGUGAAACCACGGGUGAAGGUGGCUAUAAACCUGGUCCUGCAGGAAUGCCCAUUAAAGUCCUUGGAGUACUUUGUCAUUAAGUGGGUGGCUCAGAGAGAAGGUCUGAGUCUGUGCUGUAACAAGCUAGAGAUCUGGUCCGUGGCCACUUAUUAUCACAAAGAUGUCUUGGAGACAUUGGACUUGAACUGUGUUCAGCACCUGGGUUUGUAUAACAUGAAUGAUCUUACCUGCCUGCUUAACUUCUCCCCUUACCUGGGUCGAAUGAGGCACCUGUGCAGUCUCCUCCUCUACUGCUUCUGGCUGUUUGCCGGUCUCACGCCAGUGGAGAAGCAGCUGUUCAUCACCCACUUCACCUCGAAGUUUCUCAAACUGAAGCACCUCCAGGCCCUGAUUCUGGAUAAUGUCUUCUUCCUAGAGGAUCACCUAGACCAGCUCUUCUGGUGGCUAAAGACUCCCUUAGAGACCCUGUCUCUGACUAACUGCUUGCUCUCAAACUCAGACUGGGCCCAUAUGGCUGAAUUUCCGUGCACAAGACAGCUAAGACAUUUGAGUUUGAAAGGGGUCAAACUGACUCAUGUUAGCCUAGAGGCCCUGCAAACUGUGCUGCGAAAAUCUGCGUCUACUUUGCUAACUCUGGACUUGGAGUCCUGUCAUUUGCUGGACGGCCACCUCAGUGCCAUCCUGUCCUCCCUAAGGGACUGUACCCAGCUUAUCUCGUUUAACUUCUCUGGAAACCAUUUCUCAGGGAAUUUCUUGAGGGAGUUGAGAGAUCACGAGAUAACCUUAAGAUCUGAAGGGUCAACGGUAGUCAUCAUGCCUAGGUGUGAUGGUCUGUCACCAGAACUUUGAGGUGAUUGUCCAGCCUUGUUUUGAAUGUAUAGAUAAGGGGAGAACUGUUGAACAACCAGUGCAUUGUCUUCCUGCUUUGAAGGAUGUGUGUUGUGAUGUGCGCAUGAUGUGUUGGGACUUGUUGGGCAUAUCAAGCACAUAUUAAGCUUGCUGCACAUAUCAAGCUCUCCUUUGGACACCUGGGAGGAAAAGGCAAUACACAGGUGUCAGAGAAAAUACAUAACACAUGGUUUUAGACUGGAACCAUCAGUUAGUUCUCCCUGGAGGAUUAACCUGUUUUCCACCUUUAAUCUAAUACAGUCCUAUGACUUUGGGUUGUCCUGCCUUUACCUUCUUAGUGCUGAGAAUAGGCUUGCACCACCAGACCUGGUUAUCUGUCUUUUAAUCGAUUCUGUGGCUGUGCCUUGCUAUAUAAAAUAGUAACUUUUUAUAUAGCAGUCGUUUGUGGGGGUUGGAGAGUUGGCUCAUCCGCUUAGAGCACUUGCUGUUCUUGCAGAGAACCUGAUUUGAUUUUCCACAUGCCUCUGAUGUGGGACUCAUUCAUAACUCUAGUUAUAGAGGUCAGAUGCCUUCUUCUGGCCACCGGGGCAUGAAACACACAUAUGGUGCAUAGACAUACAUGUAGGAAAAAAUCCUUAUAACAUAUAGAUAUAAAAGAAUUUAACAAUUGGUUUGUACUGCUGAGGCUGGAUGACUGUCUUGUCUAUGAGUCAACCGCCACACAGCAGUACUGUGACAUACAUGGUAAAUCAUGUAUUUACACUCCUAAAAAACUGUCACCUAUGAGUUUAUGAAUGGAAGCAAGGCAAGUAGAUGUUAACCCUAGUAGGUUUUU